CAUACUCCAACCACAGAAGAAGACGAAGUCCCAUACAAACAGACACGUUAGCAUUAGCAUUCUUGUUUGAAACAAGCUAAUUUUCUUUCUCUACAAAUCUAUUAAUAUGUGUUUAUCAUUUACAGCGCGCGUGAGUUCUCCGGAAAUGUAACGGAAUUCCGUUCAGUUUUCUGUGUGUUUUCUGUGUGGAAGUUAUUUACACACCGCUGCUCCGGGUAAGUGUGUGUGUGUGUGUGUGUGUGUGGGGAUCAGGAUGGAGUGUGUGAAGUCGAGUUCGUCCUCUGGAGUAAGUGAGGUGGAGGGAAAAUCUCCGAGCGAGACGUUAACUCCGUUCAUGUUGGCUAAGAUCGAGAGGAACAGACAGAGAGCGCUGAUGCUGAGGCAGGCCAGACUCGCUAACCGCCCUUCUGCUGGGGAAGGUGCCACGGCAACCAAACUAGUGAAGACCAUCGACUCCGGCGCUGGAUUCUUCAUCGAGGACGAGGAGGAGGAGGACGAGCAGCGAGCGAGCAGAGUGGUGCAUAAGCCUGCCCCAGUGAUGGAGCCGGACUAUCUGAUGUGUGAGGAGUGCUCGAAGCCGUUCAUGGACUCAUACCUCAGCAACAGUUUCGAUCUCUCGGUGUGUGACAAGUGCAGAGACAGCGAGGAGAAACACAAGCUGAUUUCUCGUACGGAGGCGAAGCAGCUCUUCCUGUUGAAAGACUGCGAUCUGGACCAGCGAGAGCCGCCUCUGCGAUUCGUCCUGAAGAAAAACCCCCACAAUCCUCGCUGGGGAGACAUGAAGCUCUACCUGAAAUCACAGGUGGUGUCUCGGUCUCUGGAGGUUUGGGGCAGUGAGGGGGCUCUGGAGGAGGCGCGAGAGACUCGAGAGGAGAACAGAGAAGUACAGAAACAGAAACGCUUCAACAAGAAAGUCAAAGAGUUGAGGCGUGCGGUGAGGAGCAGUGUGUUCAGGAAGGACACCAGUGUCCACCAGCAUGAUUACGGUGAGGAGGAGCUGCUGGAUGAGGAGGAGGACCAGUACAGGAAAGUGUGUAAGACCUGCGGACACCAGCUCACCUACGAGAAGAUGUAGAGCUGGCUGUGUCCCAAAUCCAUCCUAUGCUCAUGCCUUCACACACACACACAGAGCGGUGUAAGGAUAGAGCGCCGGUGGAAGUGUUUGUGGACGUCAGAAUGAUUGGUUCUCCAACACUCCCGGUGCUGCCGUCACAUUUCACCCAAAUGGGAACAGUCUUCAUAUGGAAUGCUCCCUACACGUGCUGCCUACUUUGGGAACUCCCUUCUGAUUGGAACAUGUUUGUAGUGACCGUCUGUUACAUUCCGACUGAAUGAAGUGUAAAAUAGUUUUGUAGUAAAGGAGCAACGACUCAGGGGUUUUGGGUUUUGACCUUCAUUUUGUUGAAGUCAUUGUGUGAGUGUGUGUGUGUGACUGAACCUGAUCCUCACUCCUGUAAACCCCACGUCUCGUGCUGUAUUUGGCACGAGUGUGUUUGUGUGCGUACGUGAGAGUGAGCGUUUCAGUUGGGACGUGUUCCAAAUCAGCAAACUGUGAGUGGACUUCAUCUGUAUCCUUCAAUCACAGAUUCCUCGCAGGACGAUUGCUGGAACUGCUUUAAGAUACUGACUGAUGGGUAGAUCUAUUUGGUGCUGAAGUCCCGUUUUAUUUCUGUAUAAAACCGAUUUGGGGGCGGAGCCUCAUCAGCUCAGUUUCUGAUGUCAUAAAAUAAAAUUCCAUGGAUUUGAACCAA